AUGUUUCCUCAUCUUUCACAGACGAAUCCCAAACUCGCCAAUCGGCCAAUUCGACCAGGCUAUAAUAAUGUUGAUCCAGCCAUAAUGCAUCCAGCAUUUUCGCCCCAUUCCUUUAAUCGUUAUUUCCCUCCUGUUCCUCCUUCUCCUCAACACGCCAUGAUACCCGCACAGCAACCACAACAAGUCCCACCUCCUGCACAAGUCGGUCAACCACCAUUUGACGCAUCCAAACAAAGCCCGAUAUAUUAUGGAUACCACCGUCAGCAACAGCAGCAACAGCAACAGCAACAGCAACAGACUUGGCCGUCUUCCAGCAAAAGCAAAUUAUAA